AUGAACAGAUCUUUUGUUAGAACAUUGUCCUCGUCGCAAGUGCGGUCCAAGUCUAUGAGAUUUGCCGCUUCUAUUAACAACGCAGUUAAAACUCCUCAAACCAAACCCAUAGAAAUCAAGCAUGCAAUUGGUUUAGAAACCCCAGUAUUAUUAAAUCAUAAUUUAUCAGAUACUUAUAACCUUAACAAUUUAUAUCAUUCCUUAUUCAGUGCUGAAGCCAAAGAAGCACGUCAAAAGAAGUUAGACUAUGAAAUGCAACAUUCUCCAUUAUAUGAUGCUAAAUGUUUUCGUAAUACUAAUGGGAAAAUAUUCACACCACCAAAAUCAUAUUUUAGAGCUGAAAAGUCAUUAUAUUUCCCUGAUUUCUAUGCAAAGACAUUAGAUGGUAAACAGAGGAGUAUUUAUGAAGCAUUAGGGGAUAAAAUUACUAUUGUUAAUAUAUUUAGUUCGGUUACCGGUGAAAAAUGUACUCAUAGUUAUUAUAAACUGGAUGAAAAGGAUUAUUAUCUUAAAGAUUAUACUGAAUUCACCAAAGAAUAUCCAAACUGUCAAAUCUUUGAUGUAAAUAUCCCUACUAAUUGGCUUAAAGGAUUUGUAUUAAACUUAUCAUUAUCCAAUUUACGUAAAAUGAUUCCAAAAGAAAGAUCAAAUCAUUAUUUUAUAUUACCUGAUCAUAUUUUCCAAUAUAAAAUUAGACAAGAGUUAUUAUGUGAUAAUCAAUGUUCUGGAUUUAUUUAUAUAUUGGAUCCACAAGGUAGAAUUAGAUGGCUUACAAGUGGAUAUUCAACUCCUGAAGAAUAUGAGUUGAUGUGGAAAGUUGUCAAGAGAUUACAGAAUGAAAUAGCAAAUAAGGACGAAUAA